UCUCUGCUUUUGGCGCGGUCCUGAGCGGUGUCGGCCAUCUUGGACUCAUACCAGUGUUUCAGCAGGUUACACUGAGACAGUGCAUGAGCACACAACUCAUUGAUUUACCUCCUGUCGUUGAAUAAGAAGGCAAACUAAUUUUGCGUCCCCGUUAAACGACGACAACAGAUACGUUCGUUUGUUAUUGCUUGUGGAGCGGAAAAGCACACCCAGGCUUGUUGAAAGAACCGUCAUGGCGACCGCUACCCCGAGCCGUGAAGCCGGCCGCUCGGCGGCCUCCACUCCUCUCUCCCCCACCCGGAUUUCCCGCUUACAGGAGAAACAAGAUUUGCAGCACCUAAACGACCGACUGGCCGUGUAUAUCGACCGUGUGCGCUCACUGGAGCUGGAGAACGACCGGCUGAUGGUCAAAGUGUCUGAAAAAGAGGAGGUGACUACUAGAGAGGUGACCGGCCUGAAGUCUCUGUAUGAGGCAGAGUUAGCUGAUGCUCGACGGGUUUUGGAUGAAACCGCUAAAGAGAGAGCCAGGCUGCAGAUAGACCUGGGCAAGGCUCAGGCUGACCUAGAAGAAGCCACACGCAGUGUCAAGAAGAAGGACAGUGAUCUUGCUGCAGCGGUGUCCAGGGCAAGUGGUCUAGAAGGCCAGCUGAACAAGAGUGAAGCAGCUCUUUCUACUGCUCUGAGCCAGAAUGCUGUUCUGACUUCUGAGCUGGCUGAGGUUAAGAGCCUGCUGGCUAAGGCAGAGGACAGCCAUGCUGUUGCUAAGCGCCAGCUGGAGGCAGAGACACUGAUGCGUGUCGACUUGGAGAAUCGCUGUCAAUCACUGAGUGAAGACCUGGAGUUCAGGAAGAGCAUGUUUGAAGAGGAGGUGCGUGGGUCCCGGCGUCGACAGGAGCACAGGACAGUGGAGGUGGACUCUGGAGUCAGACAGGACUAUGAGUUCAAGCUGUCACAAGCUUUACAGGACCUGAGGAGGCAACAUGAAGAGCAAGUCUCUCUUUAUAAGGAAGAACUGGAGCAAACCUUCCAGGCCAAGUUUGAUAAUGCCAAGAUGUCCUCUGAGAUUAAUGACAAGGCAAUGGGCACCGCCAGAGAGGAGGUGCAGGAGUCUCGUAUGAGAAUAGAGAGCCUUGGAUAUCAGCUCAGUGCCCUGCAGAAACAGGCGGCUGCCUCAGAGGAUCGUAUCAGAGAGCUGGAGGAGAUUCUGUUGGCAGAGCGAGAUAAGUACCGGCGCACCAUUGAAGGAAAAGAACAAGAGAUGAGUGAGCUGAGAGACAGGAUGAACGCUCAACUCAGUGAAUACCAGGAGCUGUUGGAUGUCAAGCUUGCCCUGGAUAUGGAGAUCAAUGCAUACAGGAAACUGCUGGAGGGAGAGGAGCACAGACUGAAGCUGUCCCCCAGCCCAUCGUCUCGAGUUACUGUUUCCAGGAUCACAGGAUCUUCCUCCUCCCGCUCCUCCAAAAGGAAGCGAGCGGAGGGGGAAGCUAAGGAUGUUUCAGAGCUUGAAAGAGAGGGCCAGCUGCUGGUGUCAGAAGAAGCCACAGCUAGUGGAGCAGUCACCAUAUCACCCACUGACAUGGAUGGAAAUGCAGUCACUCUCAUCAAUGACACUGAUCAGGACCAGCCGUUGGGUAACUGGAGGUUGAAGAGACAGGUUGACGAUGAGGACGAAGUCCUCUACAAGUUCUCCCCAAAGUAUGUCCUCAAGGCUGGACAGUCAGUCACGGUGUGGUCUGCUGAUGCUGGCGUGGCACACAGUCCACCAUCUGACCUGCUGUGGAAGAGUCAGACUUCCUGGGGCACAGGAAAUGACAUAGUUACCGCUUUGAUCAACGCUGAUGGCGAGGAGGUGGCCACACGCAGUGUAACCAAGACUGAGGUGGAGGUAGAGAAUGGAGAGGAAGAGGAGGAAGAGGAACAGAUGGGCAAGGUGUCAUCCAGAGAGUGUGCUAUCAUGUGAGGCCUCUCCCUCUGAUGGCUUUCACUUCCCCAUUAUACAUUUGUUUUUUAAUCCAUUAUGCCUCAUCAUGUGUUUUUUAUUCUUCACGACAAUAUAAGAAUUUUUGAACUGUUGGACUCUUUUUACUGCCCUAUGUAGCUCUGGACCUGCUUUAAUGAGUCAUUUUUUUAAAAUAUUACUAUCAAUACGUCUGGAUCACAAUGUUCAGUGGGACUCUAUAGUCCUAUAGUACUACCUAUAGUACUCUGGAUGUCCGAACAUGUCCUUUAUGCACAAUCUGUUACAUAAAUCAACUAGAGGAAGUACCUGUGCUGUAAAGCCAUACCGAUAUGAUCAAUUCCUAACUUAAGUGUUGAUCAGAUGAUGGGCAGCUCUUGAUUGGAUUUUGGAGAACAGUUUUUAGUGUUUCAACAAUUAUUUGUGUGGUUACAGAUAGAUUUGCUCUGACAUUUUUGUUUAUGUAUUCCAUUGAACGGUCAAGUCAAUUUUACUUGUAUAGCCCAAUAUCACAAGUUUUACUAUCAGUACAUCAUACGACCCCCGACUCAGAGAAGGAAGAACUUCCCUUUUAAUGGGGAAAAUAUGGUCUGCAGAGAAAUACAAUUGAAAUUAUUGUUACGAUUUCCCAAUCCAAAAUAUGCUUGCAAAUCCUCGACUGGUUUGCAGCCAGCUGUGUUGGACUUAAGAGCGUUGGGACUUGGCACUGCUGUCUAUCUCUGUUCAGAGACAGACAGCAGUGACAUGAGAGCACACAGCUGAAGGACAGGUUUGCAUCCUCAUGUGAUGUUCUCUGCUACAACAGGGGACAACUCAUGACACUACGGCUUCAUUCUGACUGACAACCUCAGUCAUGUGUGCUGUGUCAUGUUGGUUCAGUGACUCCUCCAGGCAGCCCAACAUCAAUGUCUGAGCAGCUUUCUGCUACAACAUGUGUUGUGCUGCCUGUGAGCAGAGACCAGGAAUGUUACAAUCUUCUGUAAAAUGUAUUGUAUGAAAACCUUUAGUGCCCACUUAGAUCUGCUUCUUCUGGCUUGUGAGUUAAAUGUGCUCACUGAUGUUCCAGCUGUGACUGAAAGGCUGAAGCAGCUCUGGUAAUGGUGUCAUGUAUCCUCAGUGAAGACUGACAGCAGCACGAGUGUCACUCGUGGUCAUGUGUUCAUGUCAGCUCUCAGUGUAGUAAUAGUUGGGAUCAUGGGACAGACGGAGCAACAUGGCUGGAACACGCGGGGGUAAAGGAUGUUGCUCUCACACCUUGUAUGCCAUUUUAGGAAACUUACUUGUGUGUCUGUAUGCUGUGCUUUACAUUGCUAGUUAUUAUUUUUCUAUAGAGUGCUUGUGUAUGUAACCAAUUUGUUUACACAAGAUAUUUCAUUUAUUAUUUAGGUAUGAUUGAUCUUGGGUGUUUUUGACCUACGUAUUUCAGGAUUGUGAUGAAACAAUAAUGAACACUACUCUUUGGUGUUCUGCUGGGUCAGUGAAGAAGCAACAACUAAUAAGUGUGGCUGUGUUAUACUAACUGAUCUGAUUUGAUUAUUUUCUGGCGGUAUUUCAGUCUCUCCAGGAAGUCCUUUGAUUUAACUACAAGAAUUAAAGCUUAUUCAUACCUGCAAUAUAUUUUUAAAUGACCAACUCUUUCCUAAGAACUUGUCAAACUGCAAAUGCUAUUUUGACCAGUCACUGCCAUUUUGAUAUAGAAUUAAAGAUAAAUAAUUAAGCUUCAAUGUCAACAAGAACUACCUUGGGUGCAGUUGUUACAUAUUGGUGAUAAUCAGUUUGUUCUUUAACUAACAGUUUGCAGUUUUUUUUUUACUGUUCCUGUAGAGACUGUCACAUGACUCGGGACAAUAUGUGACUGAUAUUUCUCAUCAUUUAACCUGGUAUUAUUAAUGUAGGGGGGGGCAUGCCAAAUGUGAGUUUUCAUUCAGGAUUAACUUGUUGAACUACUUUUUGUACACAAUAAAUGUUUUACACAUACACAUUUGA